CCAGGUUCUACAGCUGAGUAUCAGACACACCCUGACCUCUGACCUCUGACCCCUUAACUCUGACCCCUGAAGGAGCCAUGAACCGUCUCCACAACUCUCUGGGUCCCCCUGAAUCCAUCAGUCCGUCUGCAUCUCCGUCUUCUCGCCGUGGCCACAGUGAAGAAGAAGAGGAGGAGGAUCUGAAUAAAGCGUUCGAUGUUCAGGGUUUUCAGCAGAUCCUUCGCCCUGCAGCUCGCAGCCCGCCUGAGAAACUCCGAGUCUACGACGAGCAGGACUUUGAAGAUCACCGUCACUUUUCCCUCCAAGUCCAUCACCCUCUGUCCAAACCCCCCGCUGACAGCCGGAGGAAGAGGACCAAUGAGGGGAGGAAGGAGGGGAGGCGAGGCUCCGCCCCCAAUGCUGCCGCCACCAUAGAAGAAGGCCAGGAGGACGAGGACGGCGAGGAAGAGGUCUUCAGUCUGAAUGAAACAGAGGAGCAGCACCAAACGCCCACCAGUGACCCGCCCAUCGCCUCGUCCAAUCACAGCGCUCUCUCACCUGGCUGCGUCGCGACGACCGUUGCUGCUGAUGACCCCGACGAGGCAGAGACGCUGAUGUCUGUCGACCUGGACGGCAUCAAGAGUCACCGAUUGGACGACGUCCCGGCUGUGCGGCGUCACCUGGUAAGGCGCAGCUCCAGAGGGCCGAUCGUCCACGCCACCAAAGAUCCAAUCAGCAGCCGGACGCCGUCACACGCCCAACCGGACCGCACGCCUCACGAGGUGUUUGUGGAGCUGAACGAGCUGGUGAUCGACCGGAACCAGGAGCUGCAGUGGAGAGAGACGGCUCGAUGGAUCAAGUUUGAGGAGGAGGUGGAGGAAGAGACGGAGCGCUGGGGAAAACCUCACGUCGCCUCGCUGUCUUUCCGCUCGCUGCUGGAACUCCGAAAAACCAUCUCGCACGGUGCGGUGCUGCUGGACCUGAAGCAGAAGACGCUGCCCGGGAUCGCCCAGCAGGUGGUGGAGCAGAUGGUGAUCUCAGAUCAGAUCACAGCUGAAGACCGAAACAACGUCUUCAGAGCUCUGCUGCUCAGACACAGUCACCCCAGUGAUGAGAAAGAUCACAGCUGGUUCAGUAAGAACAUCUCUGCAGCCAACAUCGCCUCCCUGAUGGACAGACACAGCGGCCAAUCAGAGCCCUCCGUCACUCUACCCAAUCACAGAGAGGCUGACGGAGAGAACAACCAGAGAGAAGCUCCCUCCAGAUCCAAACAUGAGGUGAAGCUGAUGGAGAAGAUCCCCGAGAGAGCCGAGGCCACCGUCGUCCUCGUGGGCAGCGUGGGCUUCUUGCAGCAGCCCUCCAUGGCGUUCGUGCGUCUGCAGGAAGCGGUCCUGCUGGAGUCCGUCCUGGAGGUUCCAGUCCCCGUGAGGUUCCUCUUCCUGCUGCUCGGCCCGCCCACCGCCAACAUCGACUACCACCAGGUCGGACGCUCCAUCUCCACGCUCAUGUCUGACAAGCACUUCCACGAGGCGGCGUACCAGGCGGACGAGCGGCAGGAUCUGCUGUCGGCCAUCAACCGGUUUUUGGACUGCAGCGUCGUCUUGCCGCCCUCUGACGUCGUCGGGGGCGACGAUCUGCUCCGCUCCGUCGCUCGCUUCCAGAGAGAAAUGCUCCGGAAAAGAGAAGAACAGAGCGGCAAACUGCUGGAGAAACAGGCCAGCAUUCAGGACGAUGAAGACUCCCCCGUUCUCUCCAAACCUGGCGAGGAGCCUCUGAGACGCUCCGGCCGUCUGUUCGGGGGUCUGAUCGCUGACGUGACGCGGCGCUACCCGCAGUACCUCAGCGACAUCCGGGACGCCCUGAACCCGCAGUGCAUGGCCGCCGUCAUCUUCAUCUACUUCGCCGCGCUGUCGCCUGCCAUCACCUUCGGGGGACUGCUGGGUGAGAAAACAGAGGGUCUGAUUGGCGUUUCGGAGCUGAUAGUUGCCACGGCGAUGCAGGGGAUAGUGUUCAGCGUGCUGGGUGCUCAGCCUCUGCUGGUGAUUGGCUUCUCUGGACCGCUGCUGGUGUUCGAAGAGGCCUUCUACACUUUUUGUAGAGAUAACGGCAUCGAGUACCUGACGGGGCGGGUGUGGAUCGGUUUCUGGCUGGUGCUGAUUGUUCUGGUCAUCGUGGCGAUGGAGGGAAGCAUCCUGGUUCGCUUCGUGUCCCGUUUCACUCAGGAGAUCUUCUCCUUCCUCAUCUCCCUCAUCUUCAUCUACGAGACCUUCGCCAAACUCAUCAAGAUCUUUCAGGAGCAUCCGCUCCAAAACUGUUACCAUGGCAACAACACAGCAUCUCCGUCUCCGUGCAACGCCACCGCCGCCGGGGAUUCUGGGAGCGUUGUGGGAGAACCGAACACGGCCCUGCUGUCGUUCGUUCUCAUGGUGGGAACGUACUUCAUCGCUUUCUACCUGCGCAAGUUCAAGAACAGCUCCUUCUUCCCUGGCAAGCUGCGAAGGAUCAUUGGAGAUUUCGGGGUUCCCAUAGCGAUCCUCAUCAUGGUGCUGGUGGACUACAGCGUGGAGGACACGUACACUCAGAAACUGAACGUGCCCAGUGGGUUCUCGGUGUCCAGCCCGGAGAAGCGUGGUUGGUUGAUUUCCCCUCUGGGGUCAGACGGCCAGUUUCCUGUCUGGAUGAUGGCGGCCAGCGUCCUGCCGGCCAUCCUCGUCUUCAUCCUCAUCUUCAUGGAGUCGCAGAUCACAGCGCUGAUCGUCAGUAAGAAGGAGCGAAUGCUGGUGAAGGGAACUGGUUUUCACCUGGACCUGCUCAUCAUCGUGGUGGUGGGCGGAGUCUCUGCACUGUUCGGGUUGCCGUGGUUAUCGGCCGCCACCGUUCGCUCCGUCACCCACACCAACGCCCUCACUGUUAUGAGCAAAGCCGUCGCCCCCGGAGACAAGCCGCGCAUCCAGGAAGUCAAGGAGCAGAGGGUGACGGGUUUCCUGGUCGCUGUUUUAGUCGGUCUGUCCAUCGUGAUCGGGGAGGUUCUGCGUCAGAUUCCUCUGGCUGUCCUGUUUGGGAUCUUCCUCUACAUGGGCGUGAUGUCUCUGAACGGGAUCCAGCUCACUGAGCGCCUCAUCCUGCUGCUGAUGCCUCCGAAGUACCACCCCGACCACAACUACGUCCGCAAGGUGCGGACAUUGAGGAUGCACCUGUUCACCGUCGUCCAGCUGACCUGUCUGUCUCUCCUGUGGGUCGUCAUGGCGACGGCAGCGGCGCUGGCGUUCCCCUUCAUGCUGCUGCUGACCAUCCCGGUGAGGAUGCUACUACUGCCGCGCCUCUUCAACCGCCGAGAGCUGCAGAGCUUGGACGCUGAUGAUGUCGAGCCUCAGCUGGAGGAGAAGGAGGGUCAGGACGAGUACUCCCAGCUGCAGAUGCCCGUGUGAUUGGUCCAUCCAGCUCCUUCAUUAGCAUAUCUGACCUGUAUCCCGUAGCAACGCUGGGCAGGCGGACUGAACAUGCUUCUGAAAUCACGUUUUUAUAAAUCUUUGUAUUUUCUGUUUCUCUGUCCGUCUGACCGACACAUUAUGUUUUAAAGAUCACACUAACUGUCUGCUCUGUCUUCCUGAUGUCUCUGUCUAUCAUUAAAGGCACAUUUUAUCUUUAAAUUAAGAUUCUUGGCAUAUUUACUU